AUGCGUUACGAAGACUGGGAUGUCUUGCUCUUCCCCAAGGACUCCAAGGUCCCCAUAAAGGAAUUCAAGACGCAGUGCCAUGUAGUACACGAUAGUGAUUUUGCUUACACCCAUGGGAGCUACGGCCUUCCCACAAUGACUUGCUUCAUACCUGGACUCGACUGCGGAAAGUCCUUCAGCAUCUCACUGCACUCCUGGAGCGAACUCCAGACCAGUAACUUCACCAAGACCAACUUCAACAACCACGCCCAACUUGUCGUUUUCGAAGCUCGUAUUUUCAUCGAUGGACGUUUGGUUGCAUCGGCGCCCUUCAAGCGUGACACGGCUUGGCCCCAGCUCAUCAGUUUCGGUUUCGACUUCAAUAGAUACGGCGAGCUAGAGAAUCUCAAGUUCCCGUCGUUCCGGAGCGAGCUGUUGCGACAGGACUAUUGGAGUCCCGCCGAUGAAAUGGGCCGCAUCAAGAUUAUCAUCAGUGAAGGGUUCCCUCGCGACUCAGUCACCAUUCCUAUUGAGCGUGUCAAGAACCUCGUCGCAUUCUCUUUCCAGCAUGCCCCCAUCGAUAUUCUCGAGGCUUCGGGUAUUGCAUGGCCCAACCCUUCCAUGUGGCGACGCGGACCCAUGAAUCCAACCAUGCCAGUUCCGACUGAGUUUUCUGCUGACGGCUGCGAUUCUCACGUCCACUCUCCGCGCAGACGAUCGACUCAGGUAUCACAUGCCUCAAGGAACAAUGCCAGCAUCAGCUUCUUGGGCUCAAUGCCGAAUACCCAGGCGUUCCUUCAGAAUCCGCCUUAUGGUGGACGCCCCAAUGCAGGAGACCCAACGUCUCUGUCCGAUAUCGACUGGGCAAGUGGUAGUCUGGUGUCUUCGGGAUUUGCGACAACGCUGACGAGCUCUCUACUCAAUCAGCCCAUGCCUGCCCCAUGCAAGUCCAACACUUCCAGCUCGCCACCCAGUUCGCGAACUUUCUCUGGAGUGUUCUCAAGCCGCUCCGGGUCAAAUAGUGAUGACCUUGGUAUAAAUCUGGCCAGUGUCAACCCAGCCGCUACUCUUAUCAACAACAACGAGAGCAGCGGCGAAAAGGUAGUCAAACGCAGUCGACAUGCCACGCCUGCAAGCACCGGUGCACCGGAAGAAGAAGAGCCCAGACGAUCGACACCUCGAGUUCGGAUCGGGUUUGGGGAGAAUAUGGCCAGCUAA